GGUCGGCCCAUCGCCAUGAUUGUGCUUCCACUUGAAUGGUUUCCCCUGAAUAGGCCGAGCGUCGGCGAUUAUUUUCACAUGGCCUAUAAUGUCAUCACACCCUUUAUUCUCCUGAAGCUGAUGGAGCGCUCCCCCAAGGCUCUUCCCCGAUCCAUGGUGUAUCUCUGCAUCAUCGUAUUCGUCAUGGGGGCCAGCAUCCACCUGGUGGGUGACUCUGUCAAUCACCGACUGAUAUUCAGCGGCUACCAGCUCCACCUGUCCGUCCGAGAGAAUCCAAUCAUCAAAAAUCUCAAGCCGGAGACCCUGAUCGAUUCCUUUGAACUGCUGUACUAUUACGAUGAGCAUCUGGGCCAUUCAAUGUGGUACAUACCCUUCUUUCUCAUCCUGUGCAUAUAUUUUUCUGGCUGUUUCAUACCCUGUAAAGAACAACAGCCAAGAAUCCCUGUGGCUGCUUUACUCCUCAUUGGGCCCAGCAGCCUCUACUACUGGUACCUCGUCACGGAGGGCCAGAUCCUCACCCUCUUCGUCUUCACCACCUUCGCCCUGGUGGCGCUCGUGAUGCACCAGAGGCGGAAGGGCCUCGUCAUGGACAGCAACGGCCGCUUCCUCUUCUACUCCUUUGUCAUCACGCUGGGGCUGGUGGCUCUCUGGAUUGGCUGGCUCUGGAACGACCAGACCCUCCGGAAGAAAUAUCCCGGGAUCAUCUACGUUCCUGAGCCCUGGGCCUUCUACACCUUGCACCUCAGGAAUCUGCCCUCGAGAAAGGUGGAGGGCCUCUGA